AUGAAAGCCACUGCCAACAGCUGGGGUGCAUUCUACCAGCAGAAUCGCCAUCGGCGCGUGCGUUUCGUUCACUUGGUUGUGUUCGUCGACGCGUUUAAACUGUACCGAAAUCGCAUAAACAAUCUGACCAUCCUUGCGGUACCAUGUGCAGAACUUCAACACGGAUUCCGGAACGUGAAGACAAGCCAUGCAAUGGCGCCUCUGUCGCUUAUGGAUAUGGGUCAGAAAGAUUCGCUUGGAACUGAUUUUUGUGCACGUAUACUGGCCAAUGAACUACACCACCUCACGAAAGGGAUCUGGGUCUUCAAUGCUUUCACAAAUGAGACCAAACCCUGCAUUGUCGUACCAUUUGCCGUUGUAGGGGACGGUCCCGGUCGGACAUCGUUCUUAGGAUUCAAACAGUCCAGUGAUCUCACGCGGCGGCCGUGCCAUGUAUGUAUGAUCAUGCGUGACCACUUAAUCAUGGCCAUUAACGACCAUCAACUACACGCGGAGAGAUGUCAGUGCGCACAAUCCCGGAGCAACACUGCUACGACCGUCAAUGUGGUGGAGGAGCUUUGUGCUGCGUGGAUGGACGUGGGUCACGGCGACCAUCCCGCCUUGCAAAACGCUGAGCAGUAUGGCAUAACGUUCCCUAGUUAUUGUUGGUUGUGGCCAGGACUAAAACCAACAUGUCUAGCGGCCAUUGACAUGCAACACUCCGAGGGCGAAGGAGAAGUGGAAAAGGAGUGGAAGCAAUUCGCUGCGGUGCUGAUGGAAUCUCAUGGUCCGACGUUCUGGAGCACGCUCAACAGGAAAUAUCGGGCGUUUUGUGAACGCAAUGGCAUAAAGCAGCCCCAAAUCAAAACAAUGAAUCAUUGGAUGUUCGGACAGACCCACAAAAACAAGCUAGCGUUUGUCUUGCGCAGCUUCGGUGUUUUGCGCGAGUUUGUGCAACGCGACGCCGAAUUGUUGCCCCACUGGGUAUCCGGCUCGCACACCGGGCGCGGAUUGAACUGUCGUGGCGGCAUGCGAUACCUGUCGGGUUAA